AUCUUUACCCCUCUUCGCAUCUUUGGCUCAUACGGUAACAAGUUGCCCAGCUGAUCGGCAUGACAAAAUGGUUGGUUUGCUUCGGAUGGGAGUUGGAUUAAAGUGUCAUCGAAAAUCCAACUCGGAUAAAUGGAUGGGGCAGGACCACAAGAAAGGGCCGCGGUGAGAUGUAUUGCGCCAGAUAUGAUCAAAUCCGAGCUGUCUGACUGUUUGGCAAAGAUUGGACAAUCGGGUCAUAUCAGGCACAGCUGUAAUAGUACUCUAAUGGAGCAGGGCCGAAGUUACCAAAGCAGUGACAACGAUCCAGGUGACAGAACCAACGAAAGACUGGCCGCCACCAGCGAUGGCAUCAUUAUUCCAUCCAACGGUAACGAAAACAAGCAAUCAAAGAACACAAAUUGCUCUUUGGACAAGCAUAACACCAAUGGCCUUGACAGCAAAACAAGCAAGAUCAAACAGAUUGUUGAAGAUGCCAUCAGUCCUGACUCCAAACAAGCUGUGAUGAGAAUUCUGGACCAAGUUAACGAGCUUUCAACAGCUGAGAAGCUGCUACUGUACCUUAAGUUACCAACCGGGAAGAGUGGUAAAGUAGAUCCCCUACGGCAACCAUUGAAUCCACUUGGGAGUCGGUUCGAGAUACAUCAGACGAUCACGUGGAUCAGGACGCACCUGGAGGAGGACCCCGAUGUCUCACUUCCAAAGCAGGAUGUCUAUAAUGAAUAUAUUGCAUACUGUAACAGCAAUGCAAUGAAGCCCCUGUCCACGGCUGACUUCGGAAAGGUGAUGAAACAAGUGUUCCCUUGUGUCAGGCCUCGCCGGCUUGGUACGAGGGGCAACUCUCGUUACUGUUAUGCUGGGAUGCGCAAGAGAAUAAAGCUGGAGGUACCACUGCUACCAGACCUUGGUGAGGAGACUAAGCGGAACAGUAGUUCUCAUUCCGAGGACGAACUGGUGUCAGCAGCGUCCUGUCUAAUCUGUGAGUGGGCACAGAAACUGCUGGGUGUGACAUUCAAGAGUCUGCGUGACCUGGCCUGCCACUUGGUGGAGAAUCUGUGUGUAGACUCUCGCUCCAUUGCUGCUUUCACCAUCCUGUCUGCAAGUUCUGGAAGCAAGGCAGUACCAAGCUUUACCCCAUCUAAAUUAUGUGGAGGGAAAGUGGGUGUGUCUUCCUCACCGGGCCUACGAGUAGUACCAUCAAGUGGUACAGCAAAUAAGCACCGUGAAACACAAUUGCAGCUCCAGCGCAAGCUUCAAGAGCGUGAGGUCAUUCGGGAGCAGAAACGCAAGCUGCAGGAGCAGACAGCGGCUUUGACCAAGAGGAAUCAUCUGCCGUCAGUUUCAGAGAAAGGAAAGGGUAAGCGGGCAAAGCUGAGCCUGAAGGAGACAACUCAUGGUAGUACAAAUAUAGCAACUCAGGGAGACUGCUCAGAAGAUGGGCAAAUCUGUGAUAAAGGUUACAGCAGGACUGGGCGUGGCAGAGGCAGACGAAACUGCAGGACACAGCAAGGUGGGGGGAAGUUGAUGGCAGGGAUAGUAAAUGGAACUACUGUGCAAGAAAAUGGCACUGGCAGGGAGAAUGCAGCAUGCAACAAAACUGCUGUGAAACCUUCAUCCUGUCUCAGUGCCAUAGGAGGUACUUCGGAAGUAGAGGUUCAGUCAGUCAUAGGCUCUCAGAGAACUGAAUCUUCAAGCUUGAAGCGGCCCCACUCUGAAAAUUGUGCAGAUGAAGUUGCAACUUCCACCUCAUGUUCUCUCAAUACCACAAGUACAAACAAACCACACACCUCAUUCUCACCAGUGCAGGAACCGAACCACAAUGUUUCCAAGAGACCAUCUACCCUGUUAGUGAAUGAGGGAGUGAAGCAAGUAGCGAAUCCAGUUGCCAAAGUAGAGAACAGCCCAGUCAACAAGCUACCAAUACCACGACUCAGCAAUCCCAACAAGCCAGCCACUAAACAGCUGGCAAAUGUGAUCAUCUUCCCUCCAAUUCUACAGCAGAAAUCGCCGAAGAAGAAGUACAAACCUAUCCAGCCGAAACCUAAAGAUGUAGGAGAUAAGAAGAAGGAUGGAAAGGAUGGAAAAGAAGGUAGUGCAAAGUGGACAGAAAUGACUAGUGCAAGUGCCGCACUGCUGGCUGGCAGUUCAAAGAAGGAGUUGAAUUCUGUUAGCAUUGGGUGUCUAGAGAAAGAUGCUUUGGAUGACUACCUGCAUGGUGGGAACAACUCACAGGAACAGGAGGAGGAACUGAUGAGAUACUUUCAGCACCAGAAUAGUUCAUCCAGUAACGAGGAACCAGAGGAUGGAACACACCAAGAGGCUUCAGUGACACACCCUGCUAUAACAGAGAACAGCAAAUCAGAUAAACUGUCCCAGCUUCGGCUUCUGUUAGAAAGGAAUCUUAACCAGGCCCCAUGUGUGAACAGAAGUGGGCCAUUCGGGGCUACUGGCGAAAGAAGUGCUGCACUAAGUUUGACUGAAACCGCAUCCUCCUCUCUCUCAGUUGAAGAUGUUACAGAGACAAGUCCUGGAAAUGGAGAUGUGUUCUUGCCAAGUUCAGUUGGAAGUCACACAGCUGCUGCUGGACCUGCUUCAGUUAGUCUGUCCCUUUUGUCACAGAGAUGUCAGAAUCGUGUUGCAGAAAAACCAUCACUUCUACUUCCAUCAUUGCUUUCUAGUGGUGGUACCCACACAAGCCUCAGUUCCCGUCGUCGAGUAAGUUUUGAGACAUCAGUGAUGGAGCACUAUCAGGAUGGAGUGAACCAUGCCACAGCAUCUGUCCCACCGAGUCCAAACACUAGGCGACGUAUCUUCAGCUUCACACCUAUAUCUCCAGGCCCUCAUUCACCUUUGGGUCCACAACGAGCAUCCUCAAAGCCAUCCAGUGCCAAUGCAAGCCCAUUUGUAUCUCCUCGUAACACCCCUGUGCCUCGAUCAAGGCAUAACUCUGGGCAGACAACCCUGAACCAAAGUGUUUCAUACCUUGCAACACAUCAGAUGCAGAAUGGUGGGAAUGUCUCAACACUUGGUCGAGGCAGGCAUUCUACUAUGGCAGCCAAAGUGGUGCGCUCCAACUCAGUGAACAGCCAUUCAAGUGGUUUGCCACAGUACCAGGCUCUGCGCCCCCGGGCCAUGUCAAUUGCCACUCCAAUGCUUCAAGCUUUGGGACAUAACUCGGUGGUGGGACAGACAAAUGAACAUUCUGAUGCUGAGUCCAGUAACAUGUUUGCAGUGCCUGGUGAGCUCCACUUGCCUGCCCUCCAGCCAACUAAUCAUCAGGCACUAAAUACUUCAGCACCUCCCAUGUCUCCACUUUCAAUAUCAGCGCCGCAGUCUCCGAUGAUUCUGUUCCAAAAGAGUGUCAGUUCUGCCAGCAGUCUGAUAACAGGUCCACCAACCAACCAUAAUCAUUUCUCUUCUCAGAACCUUGUGCAGGAAGUGCUGCAAAAUGCAAAGAAACAUAAUUAUACACGUGAAACCAUUGCGACCACUGAGCACAAGUUAGAGACACAAACUGCAUCGCUUUUGGAUGCCAUGGAUAUGGCUAAUCAAUCUGCCAGCCUGCCCAUGAGUGUGGAUCCUCUAGCACAGGAAGUAAGCCAAUUCUUUCCAGAUGAUCAAAAUGUAACAUCAGUAUUGACAAGUGCAAUUGGCUUCCAGCCAUCAUCGCAUCGUUCGCAGUCAGUGCCGCUCCAUCGAAUGGCAUCAGCCAGCCAGCAGCAGGAGUCACCCCUGUAUAUAAACCACAAUACCACUGCCUUUAAUUUUAAUCACUUCACAUCAUCAGCAACAAGUUCUGUUGCUCCAACUCCAGUGCCGAGUGAGUUCACUGAUUUUGUUUCUGCAGGCGACAGCUCCACUGUUCCUUCUACUGACUUGCUCAUUGUGAAUGGGGAUGAUGCAGCAGAUACGGAAACAGCUGAACUGAACUCAGAGAAUCUGAAUCGCAUAUUUAACCUGCUGGAUGAUGUUCAGCAGGAAGAGCAGCAGAAGGAACAACAGCUGAUGCUCACACUGGAUGUGGAUGCUGCUCAGCAGCACAACCAGAAGUUUCUCUUCCAACCCUCUCGCUCCUACCCAAACACACCCCUUCCUUACCAGUCCACCAGUAACACUCGAGACCCAGUGGUUGGGUCAUUUGCAACCUCCCUGCCUUCUGCAAGCGGUGUUACAUUGACUUCUCGGUCGUACCCAUCUACACCACUCAUUAGUCGUCCCAUGUUUGGAGCCUCUGAAGAUGAUGGACCUUUCCAGCAAGGGCUUGGAGAUCUAAGCAGUGGUGAGUCAGUGAGUCAGCUGACUCUGAAUGCACUCAACGUCCGUAACGCAGUGCCGACCUUUGCUGCCAGGCGGAACAUCAACCUAUUACUUGAGCAGCCAUCUUUCUCAGUUGAGGAUGAACUGCCUCUGGACACACUGGACGCUCUGCAGGAGUGUGACACGCUCACACAGUUUGUUCAGGAGAUAUGGUACACACCCACUGGGGUCAGUUCCUGCACUUCAGACUUCGGUAGUCUGUGUUUGAUGUUCUUCAUGCCACAUAGACUGGAUGUAUGAGCCUGGUGCACAGUGGAAACGUUCCCUAAUGUGGUUUGGGUUGUGUGUACUUUCAGACCUCUAAAAAUAGCCCUAUAACCUGUGCCCAAUGACUAUUACAGUGGAGCCAUGAUUGAAUGUGUGUGGCCACAGCAACCUCCAACUUGGGUCAAACACAUAAUUGUUUGAUCUUCAUUUCAAGUGAAAUUUCAGAAUUUCAGCAUCAGCAUUAAUGUAUCACUUAUACACAUUCAUUUUCGUCUUAGAUGCAAUUUUAUUUACAAUUACUCCUUUACUUAAAAAUACAAUUAAAAGUUAAAAAUUAAUAUUAAAAUUUUCUACACGUUUUGGCCAUACUCAGCCAUCCUCCGGCAACUGUCAGACUUGUCAAAAUUGAUACAUUUUAUUUUUCAAUGUAAUUAAGAUGAAUUAUUUCUUAAGUUAAAAUAUUUCUAUGUUA